AUGGAUUCUAGUAAAAUAUUUUCAAAAAUAAAGGAUCUAGGUCAUAAUAAUAGUAAACGCGAAGAGUUACGUGAGUAUUGUAAGUUAAAAAUUGAUCAGAUAGUUAAAUUUUUAUCACGGCGGAUUUUGAAUAGUGAUGGGGCUUAUAUAUUGGAUUGUUUAUUUAAUGGAUUGCCGUUUAUUCCGUCAAUAUGCUCGAAUAAAGUAAAAAUAAUAGAUAUAGUGCUAAAGACAAUGAGGAGUGAAUCAACUUCUCUUACACACUGUGGAGAUGUCAUAAGCCGAGUGUGCUUGGAACUUCCUAAGUUACCAGUUACUGACUUGGUCAGAUGGUCUGAUGACAGUGUGCAAUCAAUAGUGGAUGAUAGUGAUGUUAAUAUGAUAUGGAGGGAUGUUCUGCCUGAAUGUUUGAAUGCAGUAGCUACUUAUGAUAGCAUCAAACAUUGUGGCACUGAUAUGGCGGGUAUGGACUAUAAAGUGCAAUGUAUACACACAUUGUGUCAGUGUAGGUGGACUGAAAGGCAGCUAGUGCAACUUGCUGCUAUGUUUAAAGAUAUGCAAUUGUCUAAAUGCGAUCAUAAGCAAGUUGUGAACAAGAUUUGUUCAUACAUCAUGGAGAUUCCACCUGAAACUCUUCCACCACUGGUUCAUCAAUUGUUAAAAUUAUGCAAGUUAUACAAUAUAGAAAUUGUGCUCGCCCAUUUGAGUCAUUAUUUUAAUUUACACCUGUAUAGCAAGCUAGAGCCUCCGCCACAAGAUUCAGAAUCUACUACGAUGGAUAUUGAUGAUAUAGUACAACAUAGUCCAGCAGAGCUCAGUCGCUGCUUAUCCACAUGCAUCUACCACAUUACGCAAGGAGCAGCUGAUCCUGAACUCAUUCGAAAGCACAUAAAGUUGUGGCCUAAGACCCAGCUGCUACGAGCACCUUUCCUCCUCGAUGUAGCACUGGCUGUGUCUGAUAAGGGAGCAGAUUUCAAAUCUGUGUGUUUGGAUGCAAUAAGGUCUGCAAUAGAGCAGCGAGCUCUUGAUGAGUUGCGUAGUGAGCAGUCGGCGUGGGUGCGUUCAGUUCUCCCCCCUGAUGUGGAUGUAGCCAGCGUCCUCAAGGUCCUCACUACUGAAAGCGCCAACCACCGACAAUUAACUGUACUGGGUCUCAUCAACUUGGCCUUUUCCCUGCUGUCGGUAUCGAGACUUAAGCCCGUGGCUGAAGUGUGUUGGUCGCACGGGAAAUUGAUAUUGGUGCGCUUGUGCAAGUAUCAGCCGGAAACCGCGGGCCAUAUUUUGAGCCAACUGGCUGAUAAAUUGUCUGGUGAUGCUACGCAGCGGCAAUAUUCAGAAUGCCUAUACAUCUUGUGCAAACUAACACCAGUCUCGGUAGAGCGGUGUACACAAGUGAGUUUAAUCCUCGAGUGCUGCCAGCCCUCAGCCACGGAGUUCGUGUCAGCCGCUCGCGUUCUGGACGCCGUGCAUCCGUUGCUCAGCUUCAGUACCAGAACUCGGGACGCUCUUGUUAUGGUCUGCCGGAAAGGACUAUACUCAAGAGACUCACUACACCGCUGCCUAUCGCUGUCCGGGUUCUUGUCCGUGUUGCGUCAUAUCAAGGUGUCGAGUGUGUCAGCGGCGGGGAGUCAGUGCGGGAGCAGCGACCACAGCGCGCACUCGUACCUCACGCAGCUCGCUGUGGACCUGCACGCCACGCAGCAGGGCGCAGUUGUAACUUCGCGCGUUCGAAACGAAGCCAUGUGUUUGGAAGUGGUAUCCAUACUGCGUCGGUGCCUGGCGCAAGACGCUGCUGUCAAGCAACUGCUAUAUACUCAGUUGUACAACUGUGUGAAGGACAAAUCUGUACUUCACGAGUCCGUGCUGGAGCUAAUUUACGAACAUGUUAGCAAGUAUCUACCAGAUGAAGAUAAUGACUGUACCUUGCUGUUGGACAAGUGUGUUCAGACCACUGCCAUUUCAGCUAUGCUAACUGAACCAAUCUCCAGACUCCUGUAUGUCAUAGCUCAGUUUCUUCAACCAGUGGAAGAGGAGGAUCUAGAAGAUAUUCUCGCCAGUCAGAGCAUAGAGACCUGCAGCGCUCAUUUGAAAAGCAAAUUGAGCAGCAUUAUGGAAAAACUAUGCAGUAGCAGCAACAUUGCUCAGAUUGAUCUGGAGGACCCUGGACUUGCCGACCUAACUCCUGAAUCGAAGGCGAAGAGCUUAAAGGUUCAACAAAUAUUGCAAUGCCAUGAGGCGUUUAUUGCACAUCAGAUAAUGCAGUGGAACUCUGGCAGCACCAAUGCAGCUACCUCUGUAUAUAAGUUGUUUAAGGCUUGCAAUGAGCUGUUGGAACAGACAAAGACUCCAACAAAACUGAGUAAGAAGAACAGCAAAUCAAAUUUAAAUGACACUAAAGAAACAUGUAAGUCGCAGAAGAGCCAGAAGUCACAAAAAGAUAAAGGCAAAGGUCCAAACAAACUAUCAAAUAUGGUGAAGGAUAGAGCUGGACCUUUUAAGCCUUUACCCUGCGUGUGGGAUCUCAAGUUUUGUCUGAGGAUACUGGAUUUGUUGUAUAGUGAGGAAGUAACCUGGACAUCUCUAGAGCAACGGAAUCAACUACGGGCCCGGCGCGAUUUCCACCACUGGACACUACGCGGAGUGCUCAGUGUACUGUCAGAGCGCGUAGAUAAGCGAUCCGUGGCGACUACAGUAGUUGAGAUUGCUGCCCUGAUAUAUAAAAGAUGUAUCCGUCGGUUUCAAGAUAUGUGCGAUUUCGAUGAUCAAACUGCUCUGGGUUGUCUGGAUGUUUUCAAAAGCUGCCUAAACUUGAUUUUAUCGAAUAACUACUCUUUGAAGACCGAUGUCCUUCUUUCAAAUAUUACGGGGCUGAGCGACAGCAGCAGUGCAGCAAGCGUGGCCGCCAUGUUGGAUUGCACUCACACUGCACUGGUGCAGCUGGAGGCCGACUGUGUGGAGGAUGCUGACGUCACUGCGAAGAAGAUUCUCGGCGCAUGCUUCCAGCUGGUCACUACCCUGUUGGAGAUACCGAUGCAUUCGAGUGCGGACGUCAAUCGUGUGAUAAUCAAGUUGGAGGAGUACAUCCGUACAAGCAAACAAGAUUGCUUGCAGCUGAUAUCGCCAGUACUUGGUGCCGCGUAUCGGGAGCAACAGGAAGCACAGUUGCUACAGGACUUAUUGCUCAAGCUCGCUACAGCUCUCGGCAGAAUCGAUGAAGAGGACUCGUCAGUAGAAGAGUCAGCAAGUUUUCCCAGCAUCGACUCACGCACAGGUCACGUGGCCUUGAAUCACGUUUGCGUUCACCUCGGUCACCGGUUCAAAUGCGUUGAACACCUUUUAGUUAGAGCGAAGGAUUUGACAGCGGCGCUCGACAUCGCUGCUCCAUUACACCAGCAACGGAUUGAUAGAGAAGUGAACGAGUUAUACAAGAGCAUCGUGAUCCAGCUGUGCCAGCUGUGCACGUGGACGCGCGACGUAUCGCGACUAAGGUGUGCAGCGGGUGGCAGCGAGCGCGUGCUGGCGCUGUGCGUGCGCCUGUACUGCGCGCUCGGCACGCUCGCCAAGCAGCUGCAACCCGCCAUGGCCCCCGCCUUGAGGUUGGAGCGUCUGCUGAAGUUGUGCGGUAAAAAACUGUCGUCGGUGAUGGACUCGCUUAUCACGUACGUGGAACAGUCGCAGCAAAGCGGGAAACGUGGCUCCCGGCUGCCGAAAGACACUCGGCUCCUUCCGCGGCUAGUACUGGAGGCGGAGCAAUUCGCAAACCAUAUCACGUUGCUGGCUAACAAGGCUAAGGUGAACUACCAGCAGUACCUUUCCCUCGGAACCGCAAGGGACUUUAGAAUCAAAGCGCCCGUGUUACAGGAGAUGCUUAACGCAAUGGAGCAACAAGCUGACAACACAAGAGAUACAGACGAACCAGAUAUAAACGAUGCGGCCACGGAAAUUAUUCCACGGACGAGCGAUAACGAGCAAGAAGUCGAGGAAGAAAGCGACGAGGAAACUUCUAGAAGGAAACGAAGGAGAGUGUCAUAA